AUGGAGGUGUCCGGCCAUGUGCUCCUUUCCUGGGCGUCCUGGUUGUCCUGGGACCUCAGUCCUCAGCAGUUUUUCAGUUAUGGAACAAGAAUACUGUAUCAGAACAUGGAAGCUCCCCAGUCUAAAUUCUUCCAACCCCUUAAGAAACCUAUGCUAUCACCUAAUACUUUCAAAGGAAAAGUGGCAUUCAUUACCACUGGAGGUACUGGUCUUGGCAAACCAAUGACAACUUACCUGUCUAACCCAGGGGUUCAAUGCAUGAUUGCUAGCCAGAAGAUUGAUGUUUUGAAAGCUACUGCAGAAGAAAUUUCUUCUCAAACUGGAAAUAAGGCCCAUGCAAUUCAGUGUGAUGAGAGGGAACCUGAUAUGGUGCAUAGUGUGGUGAAGGAACUGAUCAAAGUCGCAGGACAUCCUGAUAUUGUGAUAAAUAAUGCAGAAGGGAAUUUUGUUUCCUCCACUGAAAGACUAUCUCCUAAUGGUUGGAAGACUAUAACUGACAUAGUUCUAAAUGGCACAGCCUUUGUGACUCUAGAAAUUGGAAAAGAGCUAAUUAAAGCACAGAAAGGAGCAGAAUUUCUUGCUAUUAUGACCAUCUAUGCUGAGUCUGGGUCAGGUUUUGUGGUACCAAGUUCUUCUGCCAAAUCAGGCGUGGAAGCUUUGAACAAGUCGCUUGCAGCUGAAUGGGGUAGAUAUGGAAUGCGAUUCAAUAUAAUUCAGCCGGGGCCUAUAAAAACCAAAGGUGCCUUUAGCUGUUUGGAUCCAACUGGAAAAUUUGAGAAAGAGAUGAUUGACAGUAUUCCCUGUGGUGGGCUGGGAACUGUAGAAGAACUUGCAAAUCUUGCGUCUUUUUUAUGUAGUGAUUAUGCUUCUUGGAUCAAUGGAGCUGUCAUUAUAUUUGAUGGUGGAGAGGAAGUAUUUCUCUCAGGUGAAUUAAACACCCUAAACAAGGUCGCCAAGGAGGAGUGGGACACAAUAGAAGCACUUAUCCGGCAGACGGAAGGCUCCUAA